AUGGCGCUGGCGCUGGCGCUGGCGGCUCUGGCGGUUCUGGCGCUGCUGCAGCGGCGGUUCCGGCCCCACUUUUGGGCCGAUUUGGGUUUCGCGGCGCGGGCGGCCCGAGCCCGGUGGCGAUGCCGGGGUUCGGGAGGGGGCAGGGGGUCGGGGGGCAGCCUGGUGGCUCGGUUCUUACGGGCAGCGCGGGGGGAACCGAACCGACCCUUCCUACGGGCGGGGGGCAGCGAGGAGACCCUGGGGCGAGCGGCCCGGCGGGUGGGGCGAGUGGCCAACGCGCUGCGGGGGUGGCCCCUGGAGGGUCCCCAAGGGGGGAGGUUGGGUCCCGGGGUGACCGUGGGGUUGUUGGUUGGGAACGAACCCCGGUUCGUCUGGGGGUGGCUGGGGCUGGCGGCCCUGGGGGUCCGUCCCGCGUUCCUGGGGACUGCGCUGCCCCCCCCCGCCCUGCGGCACUGCCUGGAGGUGUGCGGGGCACGGGGGCUGCUGGUGGCGGACGACCUCUUUGCAUCGGUGGAGCCCCUCCUGCCCAUCCUGCGGGAGGCUGGGGUGGUGGUGUGGGUGCUGGGCCUGGGGCCCUACCCCCCGGGGGUGGUGGCCCUGCAGGAGCUGCUGGAGGAAGCCUCGGAGGAGCUGGAGCCCGAGGAGGUCUGGGAACCCCAGGAGCUGAACGAGACCUGCCUGUACAUCUUCACCUCCGGCACCACCGGUCUCCCCAAGGCUGCUCGCAUCUCCCACCUCAAAUCCAUCUUGUGCCUGAGUUUCUACGACUUGGUGGGAGCCUCCAGCCGGGAUGUGGUGUACCUGGCACUGCCACUCUACCACAUGGCAGGGUCCCUCCUGGGAAUCGUUGGCUGCAUCGGCAUCGGGGCCACGUGUGUGCUGAAGGAGAAGUUCUCAGCCAGCCAGUUCUGGGAUGACUGUCGCGCCGAGGGGGUCACCGUCUUCCAGUACAUCGGGGAGCUCUGCCGCUACCUCGUCAACCAACCCCAGCGCCCCGGGGAGCGAGAGCAUGGGCUGAGGCUGCUGGUGGGGAGCGGGCUGCGCCCCGACGUCUGGAGGAGCUUCCAGAGGCGCUUCGGGGACGUCCGCAUCGUGGAGACCUACGGAAUGACCGAGGGCAACGUCACCCUCUUCAACUACACCGGGACCCCGGGGGCUGUGGGGCGUGGCAGCUUCAUCUACAAGCUCAUCUCCCCCUUCGAGAUCAUUCGCUACGACAUCACCGAGGGGGCCCCGGUGCGGGACCGGAACGGGCGCUGCAUCCGCACGCGGGCGGGUGAGACAGGGCUCCUGAUCGCCCCCGUCACCCCCCGCACCCCCUUCCUGGGCUACGCCGGCAGCCAGGAGUUGUCGGAGCAGAAGCUGCUGCGCGGGGUCUUCGCCCCAGGGGACACCUUCUUCAGCACCGGGGACCUGGUGGAGCAGGAUGAGGCCCAGUUUGUCCGGUUCCGGGACCGUAUCGGGGACACGUACAGAUGGAAAGGUGAGAACGUGGCCACCACCGAGGUGGCCGAAGCUUUGGUGGCCCACGACUCCCUCCAAGAAGCCACCGUCUACGGCGUCACCGUCCCAGGCCACGAGGGUCGUGCUGGGAUGGCAGCCCUGGUUCUGCGGCCCGGUUGCCACCUGGACGGGCCGGGGCUUUAUCAUCACCUGGAGCAGCUGCUGCCCCCCUACGCGCGGCCCCGCUUCCUCCGCCUGCAGGAGCACCUGGAGAUGACGGAGACUUUCAAGCAGCAGAAGGUGCGGUUGGCGCGGGAAGGCUGCGACCCCUCCCGUGUCCCCGACCCCCUCUUCCUGCUGGACGAGGCCACCAGAGCCUACGUCCCCCUGAGCCCCACGCUCUGGGCAGGGGUCCUGGAUGGGAGACUCCGCAUCUAAAGCCCCCCACAAGGUGCCCCAUGGCCGGCCCACCCACAACCGGUACCCCACGGGUCCCCUGGGGCCAUCCUGGGGUUCCUCAUGGCUGUCCCCAGGUCCUCACAUCCAACCUGGGGGGCCCUUGUGUCCAUCCCACUGCCCCUGGGGACUCCUGUGGGUCCCCUCUGUCCAUCCUGAGGUCCCUCCAUCCAUCCCCAAGUCCCCACACUCAUACUAUGAGACCCCUGUGUCCAUCCCACUGUCCCCAGCUCCCCCCAUAUCCAUCCUAUGAGACCCCCGUGUCC